AUGGAUAAGCCGGACUUGUACAACCUCGGGUGUGCUCCCCUCACGCUGCUGGCCGCCAAACAGGUUGACGAGCUGUGGCCGGUCCUCACGUGGCCGAGGCAGCCGCUGCCGGUGCUCGACAUUGGCUGCGGGCCCGGUGACGUCGCCAGGAAGAUUUUAGCUCCGCGGCUGCCACCGGGUACGAAGCUGGUGGCCUGCGACAUCAGCACAAAGAUGCUGGAGUUCUGCAGGCAGCACAACGCGCUGCCGGGCACCAUCACGUACGAGCAGCUGGACGUGGUUCAGCCCGACCUGGAGAACUCCGCCGUGUGGCAGUACGCGCCCUUCGGCAAGGUGUUCUGUUUGCUGCUGCUGCAUUGGGUGCCCGACAACAGGCGCGCUGUCCAGAACAUUCACAAGCUGUUGGUGCCUGGAGGAGAGGCUGUCUUCAGCAUAAUAGCUAACAUGGUGUUUUACACAGCGUUUGAAGAAAUGGCGAAAGACUCGCGUUGGGCGCGGUACAUGCAGAUUUUCUGAAGUCAGUAUGUCCAUUCCUGGACCGAGUUCCGGAAGACCAGAAGGAUAAUUUCUUAGAUGAUUGGCUACAGCGUAUGGAGAAACUGAAUGGAUUAUCAAAGGACGUUGGAAGCAGUGAAGAGC